AUGCAAGGCCCGCCCCUCGCCUCGCACCGCAACGCCCACCCGCUCGUCGACCUCGCACGCCCACCCCGCACCUCCGCACGUUCAUCCUCGCCCACCUCGCUCGACCCACCUGCGGGUGCCAAGCCUCGCUCCGACAGCCCGACCCUCGACCCGCCGUCUAUACCGCCGCACACGGCCGCGCACGGCGACCCGGGCGGCCACGGCGGCGGCGUCGAGGCCGGCAAGGGCGCCCAAGGACCGCCGCCGACCCGGCUCCAGCGCACCCUCAAGGCCCUCAAGCGCCACGGCGCCUUUGUCGGCCCAGGCGUCAUCGCCUCGGUCGCCUACCUCGACCCGGGCAACUGGAGUACCGACCUGGCGGCCGGCUCGCAGUUCGGUUACAGCCAUCUCUUCGUCAUCCUGUUCGCCGGCCUUGUUGCCCUCCUCUUCCAGCUCUUGUCGACCCGGCUCGGCUGCGUGUCCGACUAUGAUCUCGCGACGCACUGCCGGUUCGCGCUGCACGACCGCGACUCGCGGUACAAGCUCGUGUACCGGUGGGGCCUCUUGUACCCACUCUACGUCAUGGCCGAGAUCGGCAUCAUCUUUACCGACCUCGCCGAGCUUCUCGGUAGCGCCAUCGCCAUCAACCUCCUCAUCCCGGCCAUCCCCCUCUACGGCGCCGUCCUCCUCACGUCGGCCGACGUCUUCCUCAUCCUCCUGCUCUUCAACCAGUACCCGACCCGGACCGUGACUCGGUCGAUGCGCAUCUUCGAGCUCCUCAUCGGUCUCCUCGUCCUGUGUGUCCUCGCUUCGUUCGUCGCGCUCCUCGUCAAGGUGUCGCCCGUGUGGAAGGACGUCUUCUUCGGCUACGUGCCGCGCUCGGGCAUCAUCGAGGGCGGCGGCAUCUACAUCGCGGUCGGCAUCAUCGGAGCGACGGUCAUGCCGCACGCGUUCUACAUCGGGUCCAAGAUGGCGACCAUGCGGCGGCUCAAACCCGAGGACUAUGGCGAGUCGCCCGCGACGUACGAGGGCGGCGAUGCCGCGUCCGACGACGAGUACGACGACGACGACGCGUGGCAGAAGAAGCGCGACGCGCGGCGCGCCCAGCUCGCCGAAUCGGGCCCAGACGGCGUCGAGCGCCCGGCCCGCUCGCGCACGCAGCGCCUCGCCGACACGCUCGCGUCGCCGUUCUCGACCGUUGCGGCCGCUCGGCGCAGGGGCGAGUCGCCGCCGCCGCCGAGGCCGUUCCUCCCGUCGCUGCACCUGCCGCACCCGGUUAACCUUGGCGCGCUCGGGUUCGACCUCGGCGCGCUCACGCGGGCGAGGCCACGCUCGCCGGUCGACGAGCGCGACGACGAUGACGGGAUUGAGGAGCUCGACGGCGAGCAGGGCGUCGACGGCGAGGGCCGGACCUGCGCCGGCAUGGACGUCGUCGCCAAGACGCGCUCGUCGACCUCUGCCGCCGCCAACGCCAAAGCUUCGUCGCGCUCGCGCCCUCGGCGUCGCCCGACGCUCGCCUGCGUCGAGGCGCACCUCACGCACGCGUCGCUCGACAUUGCCGGGUCCUUGCUCGGGUUCGCCGUCGUCGUCAACUCAGCCAUCCUCAUCCUCGGCGCCGCCGUCUUCUACUACGGCGACGGUCGGAGCUCGAACCCGGACGGUGGGGGCGUGAGCGACCUGUUUGACGCGUACGACCUCGUCAAGCAGUAUCUCGGCCAAGCCUUCGCCUACUUGUUCGCCGUUGCACUCUUUGCGGCGGGUCAGAGCGCCAGCCUGACUGUGACGCUCUCAGGGCAGAUCGUCUCUGAGGGCUUCAUCAACUGGCGCACCAAGCCCUGGAAGCGCCGCCUCGUGACGCGCUGCAUCGGCAUCGUCCCGUCGCUUGCCGUCGCCCUCUCGGUCGGCCGUCAGGGCAUCGACACGCUCCUCGUCGCGAGCCAGGUCGCCCUCAGCAUCGUCCUCACCUUUGUCUUACUUCCCCUCAUCAUCUUCUGCGCCCAGCACUCGAUCAUGGCCAUCCCCGUCGACCCUCUCGCGCCCCCUGUCGCCGCCGCACCACGUUCCUCAUCCCGUGAGCCGACCUCGCUCCCCGCACGCGCCCGCAUCGAGCACCUCGUCCACGCGCUCAACCCGUUCCGCCGCCGGCGCGCGCCCGAGGGCACCGUCUCGUACGCGAGCCCCGUGUGGCUCGUGUGGCUGUGCGGCGCCCUGUGGCUCCUCAUCGGGGUCGCCAACGUGUACGCUCUGUACGAUGUCGGGCAGCAUGGGGCGUGAGUGAGGGUCGAGAGAGGGGCCGGGCCGAGGUGGACCGUCGAGCAUGGAUCGGUGCGGCGCUCAGUCGCCCAUAUUGUAGCAGUCUCAGCAUUGGACCUGUCGCACUGUCUCG